AAAAAGUCCUUGCGAAGAAGCUGGCAACUUGGUUCUCCUUCAUCUCUGUUUCUUUCUCUUUCUCUCACCGAACCGAAGAGAGAGAAAAAAAAACCUUUUGGGUCAAAAACGACUUCGUUUUGGGGUUUUGUAUUGUAGAAGAAAAUGGAUCAAAUGUUCAGCAAGGUUGGAUCGUAUUGGUUCAACCAGAAAGCAAACAAAGAGCUUAAUUCCGUCGGUGAUGACAUCAAUUCAAUAUCAAACAGUAUCGAAGGAGGAACCAAAUGGCUAGUCAACAAAAUAAAAGGAAAAAUGCAGAAGCCAUUACCAGAGUUGCUAAAGGAGUAUGAUCUACCAAUAGGAAUCUUUCCUCGUGACGCAACAAACUACGAAUUCAACGAAGAGACGGGAAAGCUUGUGGUCUUUGUUCCUCAGGUAUGUGAAGUAGGCUACAAGGAUUCAUCUGUCUUGCGUUUCUUCACCUCCGUGACCGGUUAUUUGGAGAAAGGAAAGCUAGCAGACAUAGAUGGAAUGAAGACAAAAGUUAUUAUCUGGGUAAAAGUGACAACCAUUUUAUCCGAAGGCUCGAAGCUCUAUGUGACAGCUGGCAUGAAGAAAACAAGGAGUAGGGAAGCAUAUGAUGUUACAAGAGAUGGUGUAUCUGUAGAAAAGUUCUAAAACUUCCACAUAAUAUUAUUAGUCUGACACAAUCUGUAAAAGCCUCUGUUGUUGUUUGUAAGUAGUAAAUAUAUAUAUUUCAGAUACCGGCAUUUGAAUCUUCUUUGUGAUUUGUCAUUUGAGAAAUGUGAAAAGUCUGUUUGAUACUUGCAAAUGAUUAUGAAUUUAUGAUCAAGUAA